CGAGAUUAUUCGGAUUAAUAUUCACGUUUGUGUCGAGUAAAUAGCCGUCUUAGCCGACUUGCCCGUGCCUUUUAUCAUCUUUCGUGUUGAUUUUCGCGAUUUAUCGUGUGUUCUUUCGCUCUCAUCGUGACAAAAUGCAAUCUCAAUUUGUUUUAUUCGUUGCAUUCGCCUUCAUCGGCUGCGCUCUCUCGGCGGCUGUCGAAAGUGCCCCGAAAAGCCUAGAAGCAGCCCCGCUCAACUCGAGCCCAGAACGUAAAAAUGAUCUCUUAACUGCAGCUGACGAAGCCCAACCCGAAGGUGCAGCUUUGGCCGAAGCUGAAGGCGACAGCGGCGACUUGGACAGCAGCGCUACACACUACCGACCAUACCGCAGAGCUUACUACGGUGGCGGAUAUGGCGGUUACCCAUAUGGUGGAUAUGGCGGCUACGGCUAUAGCAGUUAUCCCAGCUACGGAUACGGUCACCACCGCGGAUACUACGGUAGCUACCCAAGCUACGGUGGAUACUACGGCAGUGGAUACUACGGUGGAUCCGGAUACUAUGGUGGUUACUACCCGAGACACGGUUAUGGUGGAUACGGAGGUUAUGGAUGGAACAGACGAGGAUACUACUACUAAGACGCCUGCGUGAUAUUUUUAUUUAUUAAGGAUUCUCACUCUUUUCUUUUUUUUUUUUUUGCUCCUUUGAUAUGUCUUUUUUGUCUCUCUUUUUCGUAAGAUUUAUGUUUUUCUUUUUGUUUGUUUGUUGGUUUAAUUUUUUUACUUGUUUAUACAUCAGUCCUCUUAUUCAGAUUUAAAUUCAGUCUCAAUUUUUUUGAUUAUUUGAUUUUUUUUUACAGUUUGGUUCUCUGUUCAGUUGAAUUUUUUUUUUCUGAUUUUGUUCCUUUUACGUUGUAGUCCAAAUUUGCCCAUAAUUGAUCUGUUUUUUUUUUACCCUAUUUGUAAUUAUAGUACGACCGGAUUUAUAAGUUCAAAUGUAAAAAAAAAAUAACAAAAAAACAAAAACAAAAUAAAGAUUAUCUCAUUUUUUUUCAAACCUCGAAAA